GGGACGGGAAGACAAUCGGCAUUUCGGAAUCUUUCGGUACGCGCUUGGCGCUUAAAUCGCCUAGCUUGGAAAUUUGUAUGGCUCCAAUUCAAUCAAUCUGUACCGGAUCAAUACUAUCACGAACCUUCACUCCGUCACCGCAAGCAUAUUCGAACAACUAUCGAUUUAGUCAAAUCUUCGAACUCGUCAAAAUGGUUUCCUACUACCAAAUCGCCGGAAAGCAAGUUGGCUCCCACUACUUAGCUAUGGCAGUUCUCGGUUCGAUGGCUGGACUCGUCACUUUGUCCACUCGUGGUGGAUCUGCUGCAAAGAAGGAGUCAACUCCACCAAUUAACGCCAAAAGCCCAGAUGAGGAGAAAUACAUUAAGGACUUCAUGGCAAGCAUCGAGGGAAGCAAGAAUGGAAACAACGCAGACUCGAAGAAGGAUGCGGGACAUUAAGGAUAUAUCAUGAAUUGAAAAUGAGCGGCUGAACUUUCUUGCCAAUCGACUUCGCAGGUUCGGGUGUAAAUAUAGAACGCGGUCACAAACCCAUCAAACCGAGCAGACAUGCAGAUACCAUGUUAAGAUCCGAAUCCCAUGUUCUUCCUGACAUUCCCUACCCCCAUCUUCAUACCAAUUACCCGUAAAUGAGUUUCAAGAGGACUUGAUAUGUACUUGCAUUGAUUGGAAAGAAAUAUCGGUGUUGUGAUCAAAGGGCUUACAUUCCCGCAGCCAUUAAUAGGCAUUAUUCGCAGGUUCAUGAUUUACUGUUUUUCACUUCAGUUCACGGUUAGUGCCUUGUCAGCUUUUGUUUACAGUCAGCUUCUCAAGCUAUUUUAUAAGAGUUGCUUGUUUGUGGAUUCUGUUAUCCACUCGAUAGGAUAGUCUCUUAUACUCUCGAUCCUAUUGAUGAUGAAUCUUUAUUUGAGAUGUUUUCAGUAUUCCCUCCAAAUCCAUGCCGAAUACCGGAUUCUUGAUUCAUUUGUUAGAAAAUCAGACAUUCGAAAAAUCAAAUUUCUUUUUCUAUUUCCUUGCUUGAUUCACAGAGCGAUGAGAAAUACGAAAAUGGUUCUACUCACCCCACCCAACCCCUCCGCUUAACUUUUACUGUACUCAGCAUUUCCAUCAAUUAACAACUACCAAGUCUUUUCCUACGGUCUACAAACUUCAAAGGCUACUCUAGAUUAAUAUUAGACCCUAGUAAACCUUUCCCGUCCAGUUGCCAAGCACUAUGCAGCCUCAGCAAUGAAAUCAUGUCAAACAGCAAGGUCAAAAGCACGGUCCAAAUAACUUCAACCA